UUUGGCCAAGCGGCCGACGACUACCGCGAUACUAACAUCGACGAGGCUGUCGACGUCUAUCCGAACUUUGCGCCAGCGAUCCCGGGCCAGUUGAAGCGCCACUCUUGCUGGGACAGCCUCUCGUAUAACGUUGACUCAACCUGCACCUCCAAUUCAUCGGAGGUGCUGCUGGUCUGCUCGGCACUCUUACCCGGUCGUUUACGCGGGUCCGAGCCGGGGAUCCUUCCCAUCGCCCUCGGGACCUUGCCAUACCUUCACGGACGCUGCUGACGGCUACUGCCGUGGCGAGGGCUUAGGCAUUAUCGGGUGGUCCUGAAGUACCUAGCCGAUGUCAUCGCCGACGGAGAUACCGGGUUAGCUGUCGUCAGAGAUGCGUUCCGCAGCUGCUUGGCCGGGCGCCGUCUCUAUCACGUAUCCCAGCACCGCCAUGCAGCAGGACCCGUACCAUGAUCUACUGGCCCAGACUGGCAUUGCGGCCGCCCAGCUUGGCUACGUCGGAAUGCACGGCACUGCCAGUCAAGCUGGCGACGCGGCCAAUAUGUCUAUCGUUGCUGCUGGCUUUGGCAGCGCCCGCUCUCCUGGCUACCUUACCCAUUGUACGUGGGCGCUGUCAAGGCCAACGCCGGCCACGCGCGGGGCCGCUGUGGCCAUGGCAUCUCUCAUCAAGUCCACCAUGAUACUCAAACACCGCCUGAUCCCCGUCCAGACCGUCCCUUCUUCAGGCCGGCUCGAGCUAAUCCGCCACUUGCCCCCUAUCCACGACUUGGGUAUCCACGGGGCAGGAAAGAGCCACGUCUUCCGCGCAGCCAGAGUCGGUUAUGACCACAAGAUAAUGAUCAACAACUCUGAUAUUGCGGGCGUCAAAGUGAGCUUGUUGCUCGAGGAGGGCAGCAACUUGCAGCAGCAGCAAUACGAACAUGGGGGUGACGGCCGCAAGUAUCGUGUCGUAGUAGUCUCGGAACACAUACCCCAAGUCCUUCGCCAUGAACGGGCAGGGGUGCCGGAGCAUCUUCGAGCUCACCCGCAGACCUCGCUGGUCAACGUGGCUUAUACAGCGACGGCCCGCCGCGUACAGCAUGCUUGCCGGACUGCCUAUUUGUCCGAUUCCAUCAAAAACCUUGUACCUCAGCUGGAAUGCAACGAUAACGACGAUAUCCCACCAGUCGCACGCAGUGAUGCUGGGGCUGAUGAACACGGGAGCGUCGUCUUUGUCUUCCCGGCCAGAAUAUGAGGCGGAACUCGAUGCUGCCAAGUUUCCCGUUAGAGGCCGAU